CUUGCCUGAAGCCUGAGAGAGGGAGAAGAAAGACAGAAGAAAAGGGUGACACUGGUCUCAGGGCCGCCCCGGGGGCCUCAAGAGCCGGAGGCAGCCCCGGAGGCUCCCGCGGGCGGACAGGCCGGAAGAGGAGGCCGGGGAAUGGCCGCGGUGUGGCAGCAGGUCUUAGCAGUAGACGCGAGACUUCUCUUACCAUCAUCACUUCCCCAGUCUGACCCCAUCACCAUCCCAUACUGACCUCCACCGUUGCCCCACACUAACCCCCAUCACCAUGUCACCCUGACCUGUGUUGUUGUCUACACUGUCUCGGUCACCACAUCCCAAAUCCAACAAAGCUUCAGACGGCCUCCAUUGCCCCCACACUGACCUCAUCAUCAUGCCCUUUAUUACUGUAGACCCACCCUCCUCACAGCACCAGAGGGACCCCCAUCACCGCUGCUGAUCACUUGCCAUCCUGACCUCUCACUGCCACACACCUCAUUCUCUUUCCCUGUCCCUUGAGCUGAUUGAUUCCCUCUGUCCUGUGCCUGCUGCCCAUCCUGCCUCCUGCCAUCAUAGGUACAACGCGUACCGCACACCAACGUUUCCACAGUUUCGGACACAGUAUAUCCGUCGGCGCAGCCAGCUACUGCGGGAGAAUGCCAAGGCUGGGCACCCCCCGGCACUGCGUCGGCAGUACCUGAGGCUGCGUGGGCAGCUGCUGGGCCAGCGAUACGGGCCCCUCUCCGAGCCAGGCAGUGCUCGUGCCUAUAGCAACAGCAUCGUCCGCAGCAGCCGAACUACCCUUGACCGCAUGGAGGACUUUGAGGAUGAUCCUCGGGCCCUGGGGGCUCGUGGGCACCGCCGUUCCGUCAGCCGAGGCUCCUACCAGCUGCAGGCACAGAUGAACCGUGCUGUCUAUGAGGAUAGGCCCCCUGGCAGCGUAGUACCUACAUCAGCAGCAGAAGCAAGUCGAGCCAUGGCUGGGGACACAUCACUGAGUGAGAACUAUGCGUUUGCGGGCAUGUACCAUGUCUUCGACCAGCACGUGGAUGAGGCAGUGCCAAGAGUGCGCUUCGCCAAUGAUGACCGGCACCGCCUGGCCUGCUGUUCCCUCGACGGCAGCAUCUCACUGUGCCAGCUGGUGCCUGCCCCGCCCACCGUGCUCCGUGUACUGCGGGGCCACACCCGCGGUGUCUCUGACUUCGCCUGGUCCCUCUCCAACGACAUCCUUGUGUCCACCUCACUCGAUGCUACCAUGCGCAUCUGGGCCUCUGAAGACGGCCGCUGCAUCCGGGAGAUUCCUGACCCCGAUGGCGCCGAAUUGCUCUGCUGCACCUUCCAGCCAGUCAACAACAACCUCACUGUGGUGGGGAAUGCCAAGCACAACGUGCACGUUAUGAACAUCUCCACGGGCAAGAAAGUGAAGGGUGGCUCCAGCAAGCUGACGGGCCGGGUUCUCGCUCUGUCCUUUGAUGCCCCUGGCCGGCUACUCUGGGCAGGAGAUGACCGCGGCAGUGUUUUCUCCUUCCUUUUUGAUAUGGCCACAGGGAAACUGACCAAAGCCAAGCGUCUGGUGGUGCACGAGGGUAGCCCUGUGACCAGCAUCUCCGCCCGCUCCUGGGUCAGCCGAGAGGCCCGGGACCCCUCGCUACUCAUCAACGCUUGCCUCAACAAGCUGCUGCUCUAUAGGGUGGUAGACAACGAGGGGACCCUGCAGCUGAAGAGAAGCUUCCCCAUCGAGCAGGGCUCACACCCUGUUCGCAGCAUCUUCUGUCCCCUCAUGUCCUUCCGCCAGGGGGCCUGUGUGGUGACGGGCAGCGAGGACAUGUGUGUGCACUUCUUUGAUGUGGAGCGAGCAGCCAAGGCCGCUGUCAACAAGCUGCAGGGCCACAGCGCACCUGUGCUGGACGUCAGCUUCAACUGUGAUGAGAGCCUGCUGGCUUCCAGCGACGCCAGUGGCAUGGUCAUCGUCUGGAGGCGGGAGCAGAAGUAGGUGCCUUCCGGCCCUGCUGUGUCCACCUCCCCAUCCACUUCCUGCCUUGUGUUUGUAAAUAAAGUUUCUGUGGUUGUGUCGA